AUGUUCGCGUGGAUAAUAGUGUAUUUGGCUGUAAUAUCGACAGUUUCGGCAGAUUCUGAUCGUAACGCUAUCGCUAUAACAGGCGAUUGUCUUUCAAAACACCCUAUAAGUAUUGAACAAUUCAAUAAGCUUACUUUUAGAGAGGUACCUCAUGACGGUGCACACAUCGAUUGUUUUUUGGCUUGUGUUCUCGACAAUGUUGGAUUGUUUGAAGAUGGAUCCCUUGUAAAAGCUGAAGAUUUAAAAGACGGUGUUAAAGAACGGCUAGGGGUCCAAGAUUUCGGAUACAUUGUAGACUUCCUCACCAGUUGUAACAACGUGAACAUUACGGACGAACCGAAUGGCUGCGUAAGGGCAAGACUUGCGAUUGAAUGCUGGUUCGAAAACUUUGGAGAGAUGGGGCUGAACUUUGAAGCAUUAGAACCGAUAGUUCCAAAAUCUCAGGAGUAG